GAAUAAAAACAAGAGUGGGUGCACUCUGACUUACAGAAACAUCUAUGCUCGUGUAGCAUUAAGUUGUUUACAACAAGCAGACGAAACACUCUGAUAAUCAAGCAGGUAAACAGGUCAGAGAUUAGGGCUUUUUUCAGCGUUUGUUAGAGCUCAGCCGCUGUUGUUUAGAGGCUCGAGGACAGUGUGUCGUGGUAAUGUGCGCUAUAAAUGCGGUGAGAGGCCCAGUGUUCACUGAUGCUCCUGCGGAUCACAUGAGUUCAUACACGCAUCAUCCCGGACUGUUUAUCUGUCUUCACACGCGUCAUGCGUUACUCCGGGAUUACCUCAAUGCUUAGGGCGAUAUCACGUAUAUAAUGAUUGCAGUGCCAUCAAUGGGUGACACAGAAGAGUGAAAAGGCAUUUUCCAGACAGCACAGGAUAUUACUGGAUCACUGGUUCUGAAUGAGUGAGUCGCUGCAUGUGCGAACAUGACUGACAUUCAACUUCAUACUUCGAGAAACAAGUACGCAGUUUUCUGCUGAUUGUAUUUCGGAUAAGAAAAUGUGAGCUGAGAAAACCAACAGGAUUUGGAUUUUCUAAAGAGUUAAAACAGCAAAAUCCGCCAAUAUGAGGAUCUUCAGGAGUUUGAUGAAGGCUGCAUCCGUCGCCAAACAAAUCGACUUUUACUCCAGAUUCUCACCUUCUCCUCUCUCUAUGAAACAGUUCAUAGAUUUUGGUUCAGAGAACGCAUGUGCAAAAACGUCAUUCACGUUUCUGAGACAGGAACUGCCUGUCAGGCUGGCAAAUAUUAUGAAGGAGAUAGAUUUACUGCCUGAUAACCUUCUGAGAACUCCUUCAGUACAUCUGGUCCAGAGCUGGUACAUGCAAAGUUUCCAGGAUAUACUGGAGUUCAAAGACAGGGAUAUUGAUGAUGAAACGCUCAUACAAGACUUCACAGAUGCUGUGAUUAAGAUUCGAAACCGGCACAAUGAUGUGGUGCCCACCAUGGCUCAAGGAGUGGUGGAAUAUAAGGAGACCUACGGGACCGACCCCGUCACCAGCCAGAACAUUCAGUACUUCCUGGACCGGUUCUACAUGAGCAGGAUUUCAAUCAGAAUGCUCCUGAACCAGCACACUCUUCUGUUUGGGGGAAGAAUACGUGACAAUCCUGCUCAUCCCAAACAGAUUGGCAGCAUUGACCCCAGCUGUUGUGUCACUGAUGUAGUGAAAGAUGCGUAUGAAAAUGCCCGUAAUCUUUGUGACCGGUAUUAUAUGAACUCACCCGAGUUAGUACUGGAAGAAUUUAACGUUAAAGGAUCCGAUAAACCUGCUACUGUGGUUUAUGUGCCGUCUCAUCUGUACCACAUGGUGUUUGAGCUCUUUAAGAAUGCCAUGCGCGCUACCAUGGAACUUUAUGAAGAUGCCAUGGAAUAUCCUCCAGUGCACGUGCGGAUCGUUCUCGGCCAUGAGGACCUGACUGUUAAGGUCAGUGAUCGUGGAGGCGGAGUUCCGCUAAGGAAGAUUGACAGGUUGUUUACGUACACAUACUCCACUGCACCUCGUCCUCAGAUGGACACAUCUCGAGCCACUCCUCUGGCUGGUUAUGGUUACGGGUUGCCCAUCUCCAGACUUUAUGCCAGAUAUUUCCAAGGUGACCUCCAGCUCUACUCCAUGGAGGGAUUCGGCACAGAUGCUGUCAUUUAUAUCAGAGCUUUGUCCACUGAGUCCAUCGAGAGGCUUCCCGUUUACAACAAAUCCGCCUGGAAGCAUUAUAAUACCAUCCAUGAGGCGGAUGACUGGUGCGUUCCCAGCAAAGAACCCAAGGACAUGACCACCUUCCGCAGCUUCUAGUCUGAUCUCAGCUUAUGUUAUGAGUGUGCUCGCCCAGACUCCCUCUUACACCUUUCACCAAUGCGUAUGCUUCAGCAGACUGAAUUAACCAUCUUACCCUCAUUUAUCCACUCCAUGUAAAGGAUAGAGGACAGAAGAGUACCAAAAAAGAUUGGGGAUCAAAACGAUGUGUAAAAGAGCAUUCUGAAAUACAUGUUUCUAGUAUGUUCUCAUGAAAACAACAUUUUGAACUUUACCAGGUGGUACCAGUAUUAGAAGUUAGCACAUGUGUUGCUAGUGCCAUCGCAUCCCAGAUAGACAAUUAGGCUGUUUUGUCAUUCUGGUGUAUUUUGAGUGUGUGUUAUUUUUGAGUGUGAGCCAGUAUGUUUCAUGACCUAUCAAUCUUACAUUUGGAUGUGUAAGCCAGUAUAUAUUUAUUUGUCUGCUAUUAUGAGACAGACUGAAGUGUUGAUCAUUUUUGCUUUGAACUAACAUGUUGUGAUUUGCGAAAUCAA